CGCUUUGCUAAUCUGAGGGUGCGGGUUUAUCAUUACUGGGGUCUGCGUCAGCUCGGACUAAGUGAUGUUAGUCUCGCGCCAUGCAUGGUCGGGCUACAUUAUCAGUAGCUCUAAGAAACGGUCCUUGCUAGGCAUGCUAGAUCACAUGUUUGAGCAAGAAUAUGAAGUGAUGGCUGAACCUGAGAGUGAACUACAACCACAGGCCGUGUUGUCAGAGGUACCAGUCGAGACAGAGGAUGGUGACAAGACUGUGCAGCAGAGAAUGGUAUACAUGUGUCCAUACUGCAGUUACAAGGCUCCCUACGGUAGAACGGUGAAGGUGCACAUGAGAGUGCACACAGGGGAGCGUCCAUAUGUGUGUCGAUUAUGUGGCAUGGCUUUCACACAAUCUAACAACCUGAAUAGACACAUGGUCACACAUUCCACUGGAAAGAACUUUAGCUGUACAAUAUGCUCAUUCACGUCUAGAAGAAAAGAAACAUUGAGAGCACACUUUUCCAAGCACCUUCUGCACGAGACAAAGUGCUUGCUGUGCGGACGACAGUUUGAUGAGCCAACACAGUUAAGGUUACACUACCAGUAUGCUCAUCACAUACCGACAAAGAUAAAGCACAGACGUAUGUUUACGACGAUGUCCGAUAGCACUGUAGCAUCGUGUGAUGUUUCGCAGUCUAAGGCAGUAGAGAGCGACACUGAACAGAUCGGAGUGACACCUUCACAUAUGCAGGGAGACAUCUCAGCACAUACAUCACGAAGCGGUGAACAGGACGGUGAAGAUUUUCUCCAGGCAGAGUGCCAGGAUGCUGUUAUAACCUUUCCGGAGCCAACAUCAGGGAGUGAACGUGAUAUCAAAGUAGAAGUUUCAGCCGAGGAUGUGAGGGAAGACACAGUCGUGCCGAGAGAGCAGGGCGAGUCGGCUGACGACUACCCAUGGCCGAUGCACGCUGGCGGCUCCUCCGGCGGAGGGCAGCGGCAGUGCCGCCCUGGUGACGACGACAGCUGCAGAGAGGUGGAAACGAUCGACGACGACGACGACGGCGUCUGCGUUGGUGAAGCAAACGUAAAGCAGGGGAUGAAUGUGACGAAAGAUCACAGGUUCCGGCAGAAACGUGCGACAACCGUUGCCGCCUCGUCUUCAACAACAAUGCACACUUCUCCCCGAAUGAGAUCUCAGGAUUCCUGCCACAUCUAUGGCACACUGCAACCAUCGUCGGCCCCAAGAAAGUCGUCACAGCAAAAUCUGAUGGGAGGCCAGCAGCUGAUGUAUCAGGGUACGAGUCCGAUCCAGCAACACGGCUCCGCACUCGCCACCAUAGGGCGACGCGAGCACCACCAUUCCUCUGACAGCAUACACGGCGCACCCUCUCACGCAAGCAGUCAAGGCAGCGAGAGCGAAUCGAUGACAUCUCCCGCUCCAAGCGUGCACAUUCCUGCCUCGCCGGUGGCGCCAUCUUCCAGCACCGUUCACAAUCCGGCGUUGUUCGCCUGUCACACCUGCGAGGUGUACUUUAUGGACCAUGUCAUGUUCACGAUCCACAUGGGCUGCCACGGUUACAGGAAUCCCUUAGAGUGCAACAUCUGUGGCUACAAGUCUAAGGACAAGUACGAUUUUGCUUCCCAUAUUGCUAGAGGGCUUCAUGUGACAUGAAUGCACGUGCGUUGUGUGUGUUUGUGUUGCGCGUGCAUGCGUGCACGUGUGGAUGUGUGUCGGUGUUUACUAUAUAUGCCCAGUGUGUGUAAUUAGUCGUUGCGUGCAAGAAGCGUUUAUCGUUUACGUAUCGUUUGCGCAGAUCGAUAGUUUAGAACAAUCAGGAGCAGGUACGAUUUUUAUUUUGUCCCUAGCGCUGAGGCAUGAAACAAGUCCACAAACCAUGUACACGAUUCUUCGUCAGUUGUUACGCAUGUCUGGUUGAAACCGUUAAGUUGUAAUUAGGAGUUCAAUCGCCUGAUCUUGUCAAAAUAGUUGUUACCUAACCAAAUGCGUGUUGUACUUUGUUCCAUUGUAUUGUAUUAGGCAGGAUAUUUUGUUUAGUCUACUAUAUUAGAUAAUAGUUCUAUAUUUAUUACUGUAGAAUAUAUAAGAGCUCUAUAUUGAUAUAGCUACGUUGUAAAAAAAUAAUAAUAGCGAUGUAAAAUAAUAUAGUACUCUGCAAUAUAUAUCUAUCUAUAUGUAUAUAUAUAUAUAUGUAUAUAUAUAUAUAUAUAUAUAUAUCACAUAAAAGGUGCUGUCACUGUAAAAUAUAAUCAGUAUAUUAUUUAACCUAUUUUAUAUAUUUUUGGUACGUUGUAUGUACUUG